AUGAAGACAUUGCAAGAGAUACAAGAGGAGGAUGAAACGGAACUAGAGACUAAUAACGAUGCAUUUCUAUUAGAGGACUUUACAGCAGGUUCAAUAUCUAUGUCGCCCGCACCUGACCCAUUUGAAAUCGAGUCAACAAUUAAUUUGCAUGACGAAAAUUGGGAGCUUUUGGAAAAUUCUUCCCCUAUAACAAAGUUUCUUAGAGAUUAUGGUAAUGGACCAAGAGACCCUACUGACGAUCCACCAGUUUUCCCAAAAUAUUUUAGUUGGACUACAAGACUUGAAAACUUCCCUAAUGAUGUUUAUAAAAAAAGAUUUCAAAAUCCUAAUCUUCGCUUGCUUUUACUCGUAAUAUAUUGUUGUGUUUGGUUAAGUAUAUUCUUUAGUAUUUUUGAGCCAUAUUUAUUAGAGUUACCUUAUUUUUAUCCAAAAAACGGUGAUGAUAAGAUACCGAUUAUAUCAUUAGGUUGUAAUACACAUUUGGAUUGGCAAGGUUCAAAUAAUGAAUGUGGUUUAAAUGGUGAACUGUGUCGACCAUUCGAUAAUACUGAAUAUAUUAUUAGAUGUCCAGCUUUAUGUGAUAGAGGUGCUUGGGCUUAUUCAGCUAUUGCGGUGGGGAGUAGAAGAGUUAAAUAUACUGGUUAUGAAAUAGGUGGCGGUAAGAUGGAAAUGCCAAGUUCAGAUGAUACAAGUGAUCUUCUAUCUUACCCAUAUAGAGCAGAUUCAUUUAUGUGUGGCUCUGCUGUUCAUGCAGGUAUUGUAUCUCCAUUUUUUGGUGGCUGCGCAAGAGUUUCUCUGGAUGGUUUUAAAGAUGGUUUCCCUUCAAGAGAAGGUAAAUAUAGAACAAAAUUUUCAGUAGCGUUCAAUUCUUAUUUCCCUGCAUCAUUUUCUUUCAGAGCUUUCAAAGAAGGCGUUGCCUCUGGCUGUUAUGAUCCAAGAUUUUUAAUUGUAUUCACUAAUAUCAUAUUGGGUUUACCUGUAUUUUAUCUUUCUGAGAGUCUAUAUGGUUAUUGGAUUACUGCCCUUAGUGGUUAUUGGACUUUAGUUUUAGCUCUAGAUCCACCACUAAUCACGGAUCCUCAUGAAUCAGUAACUGUGUAUGAAUUAUUUAGUAUAGGAUUUCAACGGUUAUUGCCGUUAUGUUUUGUUGUAUAUGUUAUGUGGAAAUCUACAAUAAGGCGUACUCUAGAAAAUGGCUCUCCAUGUGCAAAAGUUCUAUUAUGGUAUCCAAUGUUUUGGCUUGGUGUUAUGAAUAAUGUUACCUUUGAUCGUUUACCAGUUGAUAGAUUGACGGCCAAUGAUUUAAAAGAACAGCAAGGUGCUAUAACUGCCGUUGGUUCUAUUAUUCUUACAAUAUUAAUAUGUGCCUUUAUUCAAGUUUACUCAUUAUGGAAAUCAGGAAGAUUAAGAAAAUAUUUUAAAAUCUAUAUCUCAGGCAUAUUUGUUAUCGUUCUUUUGGCCUUGAUUCCAGGUUUAACUUUAAGAUUACACCAUUAUAUUCUUGGUAUCGUUUUAAUUCCAGGAUGUGCAACAAGGAAUGCCUCGGCUUACCUAUUUCAAGGUAUUUUGUUUGGUUUGAUAAUGUCAGGCGUUUCUAGGUGGGAUUUUGCAAGUAUUGUUGAAACUGAUUUUGCACUGUUAAGAGGGGAAGCAGGUGGCUUAUUAGAGCCACCUUUCUUCUUAGAUUACAAUCAAAAUACUCCAAAUAUCAUAUCGUGGAGCUUGGAUUCAGAUGAUAUUGUAAAAGAUGAUACUGGUACUAUCGAUGGAUUUUCACUUUUGGUGAAUGAUAUAGAAGUUUAUGUUGGCAAAAACACAACCAUUAAUCUGGAUACUUUGAUGACUGAAAAUUCUGAAUUCGGUAGCUGGAUUGAUAAAGCAUUGACAGAAAAUAAAGAUGCCAACACAACAAAUAUCGACUUAUAUUUAAGAAUUGCACAAUGUUCAAUAAGAAAUCCGCAACGUUAUCGGGGUGAUUAUACAAAUGCAGGUAUUUUAGAAUGGCCUGAAGGUAUAUGGCAUAAACCUGAACCUGGUGUAACCUAA